AGACAGUGCUGAGUGAUGUCACAAGCUGUGAUUGGUUGUCUGGCUGCACAGCUGUCUAAGAGUUACCACACGCCAAGACUUCACCUGAACGUGGACUUUCAGACACACCACCCCAGAGACCAGACCAGACCAGACGCUGCAGCUAUCAUGGCCGAGAAGUUUGUUGGGACCUGGAAGAUAGUGGAGAGUGAAAAUUUUGAUGAGUACCUCAAGGAACUGGGCGUGGGCUUCGCUCUCCGCCAGAUUGCGAGCCGAGCCAAGCCAAGCCAGAUCGUGACUCUGGACACUGAUGGAACCAUCACCAUGAAGACGUUAACCACUUUCAAAAACACAGAGAUUAAGUUCAAGUUGAACGAAGAGUUCGAGCAGAUCACUGGUGAUGACAGAAAGACUAAGAACGUAGUGACCCUGGACAAUGGUGUAAUGAUUCAGAAGCAGACCUGGGAUGACAAGGAGACGACCAUUGAGAGAGAGUUGGUGGGCGACAAGUUCAUUGUGAGAUGCAAGGCGGGAGAUGUGGUGUCGGUGAGGACGUACGCGAGGGCCUAAGUCUCUGGAGGCCUGUGGGAUGUGAAGACAACAGAAGACUCUCAGAUCAGAGUCAUAUUUUCCUCUGGAUAACUGAAACAGCACUUGUGGCAUUUGAAUGUGUGUGAGUGUGUGUGUGUGUAUGUGCGUGUGCGUGCGUGCGUGGUUCAAUUACUGCAGUGUAUCAAUCCAGAAUAAAAGUGAAAUUGUCUUA